CGACAUUCGCUCUGCAUGAGUCCUACUGAAGUACGCAGCAGGACGAGCAGUGCAACUUUUUAGUACGACAGUCUGGCUUAGUUAGGUGGCCGAUUAGCUAACUAAACUACACUAUUGUGGAACUAAGUGGUAGUUGUGAAAACAACAUGCUGAACCCUGCAAACGGGGAAUCACUACAUGUUGUCUCAAAGUACGUCCAGGAAUAUUUGGAUCUUGUCGAAUCGCUACCAUUGGACCUUCAAAGAUGUGUUUCUUUGAUGAGGGAAAUAGACGGAAAAUAUCAAGAGAUCCUGAAGGAGCUGAAUGAUGCUUAUGAGAAACACCGGCAAGAAUCAGACCCAGUUCAGAGACGCCGUCUUCUCCACUGCAUUCAACGGUCUUUGAUCCGCACUGAAGAACUAGGAGAUGAGAAGAUCCAGAUUGCAGGUCAGAUGGUGGAACUGGUGGAGAACCGCAGUCGACAGUUUGAGUGGCAAGUGGAGCUUGUCCAGGCCUGCCAGAGCUCACCUGAGAGUGCUGUGUCUGUGGGCAGCGCAUCUUCUGCUGCUAUAACGACAGUAAACAUGACACCACUUUCCACUCCACUGUUGCCACUGGCCAAACCAAGCGCAGACAGAAAGCGAGAUGAGACACUAGGGUCAGUGGAAAAGGCAGGAGGGAAACGCUCACGAAGGCAAAAAAGUGGAUCAGAGAACCGGGAAAACUCCAGCUAUGGCUUGGACCACAGUGAAGACCUCAGCAUAGGAACACCAAAAGAGAAAAAACCCAAGACUUCAUCCUCAUCAUCAUCAUCAUCAAAAAAGAAAAAGAGGUCUAAAGCCAAACAGGAGCAAGAGGCAUCUCCAGCUGACCUUCCCAUUGAUCCAAACGAACCCACUUACUGCCUGUGUGAGCAAGUAUCUUAUGGAGAAAUGAUCUGCUGCGAUAAUGAUAAAUGCCCAAUAGAGUGGUUUCACUUUUCCUGUGUGGGCCUUCACCAUAAGCCCAAGGGAAAAUGGUAUUGCCCAAAGUGCAGAGGAGAGAAUGAGAAGACCAUGGACAAAGCCCUAGAAAGGUCCAAAAAGGAACGGGCAUACAAUCGGUAGUCUCUUAAGUUAGUGCCAGUCAUCUUACCUAUUUUGAGUAUGUGAUAUUCUUUAUACAGUCUGUUCAAAAUGGACGAGAGUUACAUUCAGUUCAUUCAGUGUUUUGUAAGAGAACCAUUCAAGGUUUUCACUGUUCACUGUGAUUUGUAUCUGGUUCUACUCAGUUAUACAGGAGUAUUUUGCUAAUGGUUACAUGGGUUUAUAGGACUGCAAAAGGGUUCAUUACAUAAAUCUAAAUACUUGUACACGUCUUGUAGACCUGACUUUUACCAGUUUUAUAUUCCUACUUUUCAUCUCAUUGUCAGCACUGCAAUAAAACCAAUUUGAAGGUUUUAUGUCAUUCCUUGCAGUAUUUAGUGCAAAAACCACCAACAUAAAAUUCUACAUUUAAAGACAUUGUGCAUACAGUUUCCAUUUUGGCAACUUGUCCUGUUGUUGACCAGAGUAUGCACUUAAUUCAGAUCUACUACACUUUGAAGGUAUCGUUUCUCCAUUAGAAUGUACAGAAGAAAGCACAGAUGCUACAGCUGUUGAUAAGCUACAUCAGACCACUAGAAAUAAAAUUAAUUCUGAUACCAAGUGUCAUUAGUACAGUACUGCAGCUCAAGCCUGGGGGAAUCUAAUUUUUUAUUCUCAGUAUUUACAAGUGCUCUCAACCAGUGCAAAAUCUGUACAUAUAUUCAGUUGUCUCUUAUAUACAAGAUUACUGAACUAACUAUGGGCACACACUCAGGCAUUCAUGCAUGUAACAGUAUACCACACGGAAGCAAAGGACUGGCAAAAGGAAAUAAAAAUAUAGCAAAAAACUAGAGGGUGAUUAUUGUUUCCAGGUAAAUGCCCAAAGGCAUUUUAACUUAAACAUAUUGUGAUCAGUGUUACUUCAUAAUACAGAACUGAGCAAACACUGCACCAUAUCCAGGAACUGCUGUGAGCUUUUCAUUGUAUUGAAUAAGUUGGGUGCCCUUGCUUCACAUUCCAACAUUUCAGUCUUGUAUUCCAGUUUACAAUCUCAUCCCAUCCUCAACAUAUGGAUAUCAUGUUGCAACACUCAACAUUU